CAUUAUAUUUAAGACAACUAUUUCUUUAAGAAUGCAGAAACCGCCUUCUUCCGUUAACUGGUUCUACGUGGAAGCCUACAAAAACAUACCCCAAACAACAACACAAGAAAUGCUUGAAAUGGGUCGAGUAAAAGGACAAAGACAGAAAAGAUCUAGCAAAAAUCGAUUCAAUGCCCAGAGCCUCCAUUUUGUGGUCAAUCAAAUUAAGCCGCGUAUAUUGUUGCCUUUAACAACUUCAUAUAAACGUGACUAUGCUCCACCCUAUGAAGAGAUUCCUAAUUCAAGACUUGAUAAAGAAAAUAUACCAGAUCACCUAUGGAAUCGUAAACCGAUGAAUGAUUUUGCUGUGGAACGCAUAACUUCCUCAGAAUUCAAAUUUAUGGAUGAUCAUUUGAUUGAUAUAACGCCUGAACGACGGAAAGUUAACUUUUUUAGGCAGUUAAGAAAUCAACAUUACCCAUUGGUUUAAGUAAUCGUUGGGAUUUGGAUGUUUUUAUAAAACGAUCGUUCU